AUGUUCUCGUGGAAGGCCCUCAGCAGGCCGUCCCAGAUUCGCCAUGACGAGGAACACCAGCCCCUGCUCCCUCAGUACAACGAGGCGACAGCGAGACAGACUCGCCUCCACGAGAAGCUUCACACAUACCAGAUGCUGCGGGCCCUUUCCAACGGCUACAUGCCCUCCAACGAACAGGUCAUCACGCACCUCCGCACCCUGCUGGCCGCCGACGUGCUCAAUCCGCAGACGCCGGGCCUGAGUCCCUCGGGCAGGGCGCUGGUUCGCACAACGCGCAUAUGGCUCGGCGAGCUGAUUGACCUGAUGCAGUCCAAAAACUCAAAGGACCAGAUCCAGGAUUUUCUGUGGUACUUGACCAAGGCGAGGCUGGAAGUAGACGUGGACACGUCGCAGAUACACGCCAGGGCUACGAUGGCGAAAUGGAAGGCUGAUGCGAUGGCUGCUGUCGACAGCCUCAAGACGGUUGGAUCGCUUUUACUUACCAAUUCUGAUUUCCGGAUUCUCUUGACGGAUCUAUCUACUGUUUCACGGGAAGUUUUUCGGGACACGGCCUUUUCACUAAGAGAUGUCGCCCAUGAUACGGGCAAGAAGCUCGAGCCAGCAGAGGAAGAACAGCAGGCUCUGAAAAAGCCCGGCGGAGAUGACCAGCCCGCGCCGUCAACGGAAGAUUUGCAAGAAGAAGUCAUGGAAGUGGCUCAAAUCGUCACAAGUGGCGCUGGCGACGUGGUGGGCACAGCGGCUCGCAGUGCUCGGGAUCAUCUCCAGGGAGAAGAGCAAGAGGCCCUGACACAUCGCCUCAAGCAAGCAGUGCUGAAGCUUCGCAAAAGGCCAAAUUACUCAGACUCCGUGUCUACGAUAUCGCUUCUCCUCAGGCAGUAUCUCAAAACUUACGCCCGUGCAGCCGCUACUACGGCCGAGGCUAUUGACGCUGAUAUCAACAUCAACCCAGAAGGCAACGAAGCCCUGCGUGAUUUCUGGCAGCUGAUUACAUCAUUCGGCAGCAAGGACGCUUGGGAUCAAGUCGAAAAGUCGUUUCAUGAAGUUGCGGAAAUCGGCGAAUCUGAUCCGGCGUUUGAAGAUCUUGUAGACCAGGUCUCUAAGCUGGUGCAGGAUAUCAUGAUGGAUCCAGACUUUUUCAGUAAUGCGGAACAGCGUUUUGAAGAGGUUCGCGAUAAGUCGAAAGAGCUCGCCACGGAAACUUCCAUCAGAGAUAAACUUGAUGAUCUGCUGCGAAGCAUAAGCUGGGCCUUGCGCGCUGUGGGCGAGGAUGCAGAAGUCACUCAGCUGUCGCGUAGUUCAGCUCGCAUUGCGCGCCUCAUUUCGCCACCGGGUCAGUACAUUAACCAGGAAAUGGUCUCCGAUUUAAUCAACGUGUUUGUCCCAGUGUUGUUACAGGCAGUUCAGUAUGUGCCAAUCCCGCGGCUUGAAGUUUCGACUCCGGACGUUGAUUUGCUUGUUGAAAAUUUAAUCUUGGAGCCUGGCCGCACAGUCAACAAUUCUUCGUUUUUGCCGUAUAGACUACAGGUUUCGACUCGGAAUGACGUCGACAUUCGCAAAGCCCGCUUCCAGAUCCUGUCAACCGUCACGUCCCUGGCUACAAUCAAAAUCUCGGGACUGUCCAUUGCGGCAGAGGAACUGGGAUACUGGCUGCAGCUGCAUUCUGGCAUCCUGGGAUUUUCGGACAAGGGCCUUGCGAGCAUCGAACUGGACGAGCGUGGCAUUGACAUCAUUCUGGAUAUCGAAAUCGGCCGAGACCGACUCGAGAAGAUUGUCUCCCUGCGCAAAGCCAGUGUCCGCAUCCACCAUCUCAAUUACACCCUUCGCGGCUCUAGGUUUUCAUUCUUUGGCUGGCUUCUCAAGCCCUUUAUCCGGCCAAUCGUCAAACGGGCCAUGGAGAGGAGCAUCGCUUCCGCAAUCGAGGACGGAUUGCACACUCUGAACCGAGAACUCGUCUUUGCCCGAGAGCGUCUGCGCGCAACCCGAAUUGCCAGCCCCGAAGAUCUAUGGACGUUUAUCAGAGCCGUGGCCGCUCGACUCGUUCCCAGGCCUCAUCCAGAUGUCGAAGCCCGUAUUGGCGUGCGUCCGGAGAUAUUCCGCGGCCGCUAUGCUCCGGGAAGCCUGGUGGAGCUCUGGGAGCGUGAAGCCCAAGAUGCCAGUCAGAAAAUCUACGAGUAUGAGCGAGGCGGAUGGCGCAACGACAUUUUCGGUGUGCGAACGCGUCCGGCGUAG